CACACAGAGCAGAGCAGACAGACUCACCUGUGUGUGUAGUUUGAGAUGAACGCCUCGGUGGAAGGGCUGCUCUGCUCGGAGGGAAGGAGAGGGAUAUUCACCACCUGUAGCUAAGGAAACAUACAAACAAGGGAGCGUUGAGAUGUCUGACGAGGAUUUGCCGGUGCCGCCAGAGGAGGGCGAAGUGGAGGAGGCGGUGGAGCCGGGGGACCUGAUGCCGCCCAGAGACGGUGGCGACCUGAUGCCGUCCCGAGACAGCCGCAAGCUGGACUGCAUCAUCUGCUACAGCGCCUACAACCUGAGCGACCGGCUGCCCCGCAAGCUCUACUGCGAACACACCUUUUGCCAAGCGUGCCUGCGACGCCUGGACACCACCAUCAAUGAACAGUUGUGGAUCCCCUGCCCCCAGUGCCGCCAGAACACCCCCCUGCCCAGGGGGGGCGCCGGCGCGCUGGAGCUGGACCUGGUGGCCUUCAUGGGCGUCAAAGCGGAGGCGGAGAGCCGGCGCGACGCGGAGCGAAACGGCUGCGGUGGCGUGGGGGGCCCGGGGGGGCUCGGCGGCCAUCUUGAACACAAGCUGUCCUUCAGCAAGCAGCUGUCCCCGCCCAUCGUGGAGCAGCCGCCGCCCUCGUGGGUCCUGGGGGCGCUGGCCGAGCCCCGUUUCAGACCCAGCCCCUGCUGCCGACACUGCGUACUCUGCUGCUGGUGCUGCUGAUUGGAGGGGAGAUGAGAUGAUGGGAGGAGCAGAGAAGAGCUGAGCCAGUUGCUGAGCUGAGAUUGUUGCAUCGUGUAAAAGCUUUGAAACAUCAGACUUUAGACAACGGAGUGAACAGACAUCAUCAGACAACGUCAAGACAUUUGAUUGGCUUGCAAUCAUUAAGGAUGACCUUUUUGACACAAUAGGCUUGUUCGAUUUGCUGUAACGUCUGCAUGUGCAUGCAGACAGCAAUGCAUUCUGGUUGAAAAUGCAUGAUGGUUAGAAAUCUUGUCAGACUUACCAAAUUUCAGUCAUGUUGCAAUGAUGAGGUGACAUGUCACGUGGUGUCAAACCAUCACAGGAUCAAUGCGACUGCAGACGGACCUUGCAACUCCCAGUUUCUUAUCCUCGUUGAUGCUCGUCUGCAUACUGCCUCCGCGGGCCAGGGACGCACCCCUGAACUGGUUGGUCUAAAAGUUCACUAACGUGUGUAGGCUCUUUGUCCCACACCCCUUAAAAACAGUUUGCACUGCACCCCACUUCAGCUCCUCCUCCCUACCUGUCCCCCCACACCUCACAUGUGGUGUGCUAGUAGAUCAAACUGGAGUGAGCUCAUCGUCUCGUGUAAAUCUGUGGUCGACUUUGAAUUCGCUGCGCUUAAUACCACCCAUGUCGAGACUGAAGUACUCAGUCAAUGUCGAUUGACACGUCCGUCCCGAACGCAACUAUUGCUUCAAGAAACCCUAAAAUACCACACAACUACAUGCAAAAAACCCACGCCAAUUCCAAAGGACCACAGAAACAUACAGUUGGCCCAGUUGUGGUCCUUACUGCUGACACUGCAUACGCUGGUGGUGGUGCUGAUUCCGUUGCCACUGAUAAAACAAAACUGAACAUUUUGAAACCCAUUUAUACCCUCUUGCUCUUAAGCAAUGGGAUUCUUCAUUCAGUGUCCAGGGACAAUAUAUAUUUCUUCUGGGACAGACAAUUAAAAACCGAGACAAGCAGGUAAAACCGGAACAGGUGGCAACACUAGCUAUUGAUUGGACGGGAGCUGAGCCAAUCACAGGGUGGAUCGUAUCACGCGAAGGCUUCUCAUUAGCUAAAAGUGUGGCUGCGCAUCGAGACAUAUCACACUUGUUAGUGUCAAGACUCUUGAUUGAUUGGCUUGCAAGCAUUAGGGAUGAUAAAGGUAGAGAGGGUUCGUAAAAUGUUUCUGCCGGAUUCCAUGUGACGCAAUGUAUGUCCCUACACCUUCACCUGUGAUGGACUUGCCCAUGUGAAUGGCACCUGACCUCAUGUUGCUACUUGGACUCUGACCAAUGCCCUCUUAUCAACUGGACAAGGCAUGAGCCAUCACACGUAUGACAUGUUUCUGUCUGUACCAACUCCCUAUGACUCGAUGCCCUGCCCUUGCAGGUUUUGGGAAACACUUCAAUACCUGAAGAAAUGUUUGUUUUAGGGAAAUAACGUUUAUAUUUUCAGAGCAUGAAUGCAGUGUGUAAACCAAUCGUUUAGUAGCCUAUGGUGUGCUACUAUUGUCAAGCAUCCACUAACGUUUCUUCGGAUGUGCGCACCCACCCAACUGUGACUACUGCCCUUGUAGGCUCUCUGAUAUUUUGAAGUCUGAACACUGUUUUCCCCCUUCAGGGGUGCAUUUCUCGAAAGCGCAGUUGCUAAAACUAGGUUAGCUACUUUGCUUGCAAUGCAAUUUCCCAUUGGCAACUACGCAAGUUGCUAACUGUCUAACAACUACGCUUUUGAGAAAUGCACCCUAGGACUGCCUGGGAACAAAUAUUCUUAGACAGACAGACAUAGAAGUGUGUUUUCCCUGUUUGUUUACAUAGUGGCAGGAGGAUCUGGGAACACGAGUGUGACCACACAAAUACACCUAGCGCGACAAGAACGAGGCGAGCGACGGAAGUAAUUCACUUUAUAUUGAGUCGCGCGACAAAAGCGAUUCGAGACUAGAGGCGAUUCGCACGCCGAGAGCGACAGUUUGAAGUUGAAAUCCUUUCAACUUUCUAUGACGCGGUUCGGCGACCAGCCGCGACAGUCAAUGACUGAAUAGAGGUCCGUGACCACAGCCAAUGGGAAUGUUUGAAUGCUUUGCCUUGCUUGUAACGCACAUACUGUAGUCGCUUCAAUCGCUCUUGCCGCACAGAAGCGAUUCUCUGUCGCUUCAAUCGCGUCGCGCUAGGUGUAUUUGUGCGGUAAGAUUGAAUGCUUUGUUGCAAUGCAUGUCCUGUCUGUAAUGAAGUCUUAGCUGAAUACAGCACAACUG